UCUUCUUCUUCUUGUUUCUCUCUCUCUCUCUCUCUUUCUCUUCCUCCUCCCAAGGGUUAGGGUUUAUCCUUCUCCCAAUGGACCCGACCAAGAAGCGCAAGCUCGACGAGAACGGCGUCGUUUCCGACACCGACGCCUCCUCAGCCCCCAAGCUCGACCGCGACGACGCCCGCAAAAUCAUCGAGCGAUUCUCCCCCGAUCAGCUCAUCGACCUCCUCCUCGACGCCAUCUCCCGCCACUCCGACGUCCUCGACGCCGUCCGAUCCAUCGCCGAUCCCGACACCGCCCAGCGCAAGCUCUUCAUCCGCGGCCUCGGCUGGGACACCACCACCGAGGGCCUCCGCAGCCUCUUCUCCGCCUACGGCGACCUCGAGGAGGCCAUCGUCAUCCUCGACAAGAACACCGGCAAGUCCAAGGGCUACGGCUUCGUCACCUUCAAGCACGUCGACGCCGCCUACCUCGCCCUCAAGGAGCCCAGCAAGAAGAUCGACGGCCGCAUGACCGUCACCCAGCUCGCCGCCGCCGGCAACCAGGGCGGAGGCGGCGGCUCCGCCACUGCCUCCGUCAACCCCGUCGACGUGUCGAUUAGGAAGAUAUAUGUCGCCAACGUGCCGUAUGAGAUGGCGGCCGAUAAGCUGCUGGCGCAUUUCGCGCAGUACGGCGAGGUCGAGGAGGGGCCGCUAGGGUUUGAUAAGCAGACCGGCAAGUGCAAAGGCUACGCAUUGUUCGUGUACAAGAGCCCCGAGGGUGCGCAGAAGGCGCUCGUGGAUCCGAUCAAGACGAUUGAGGGGAGGCAGCUGAAUUGUAAGUUCGCUAGUGAUGGGAAGAAGCCGAGGAUGGGCGGCGAAGGCGGCGGCCAGGGACAGGGCUCUGUAGGUGGACCGAAUGCCCAUGGAGAUGGAAUGGGAAUGGCGCCGCCCUCGUCGAUGCCUGGACAGUAUGGAGGGCCGGGGUUUGGGUAUGGAGGGUUUUCGGGUGGGCAGCCGCCCUUGGGGCAUCAUCCUUUGGGUGGACCGGGCCUGUCGUCUGUGGGAAAUCAGGGGCCGGGUGGUGGGUUGGGUGGGCCUUAUAAUUACGGAGGACCUGGUUCUACUGGAUAUGGUUUGGGUGGUGCUGGUGGGGGAGGACCUGGUAGUGGCGCGGGGACUGGUUCGUCUUUGUAUGGACUGCCACCGGGCUCGGGCGGGUUGCCCUCUGGGAGGUAUCCGGAGGGCGGACCUUAUGGCCUGUCUGCAUUUCAGAAUCAACACCACCAGCCAGGUACAUCACCGCUGCCGAGGGGAAUGUAUCCUAAUGCACCUUAUUACUGAGGUGUAUGACCGCUUGUUGGGAGCUGAUGCUUUAUGUGGUUCUGGUGAUUUGCGUGAUUGCAGAGUAUAUGCUCUCGUUUGAUGAUUGUAUUAGCUCUUUUAUCGCCACUUCCCCUGUUCAUCUGCACCUUUUAAGUUGUAGGUCAUUUCUGAGUAUGGUAGCCAGCGUGACUGAACUAGAUUAUAAAGUCGUUUGUAUUCUGUCAGGAACAUAAGUAAUGCUUGCUUUUUAUAUAAUACAAUUUUAUUUUAUGAA